AUGAAGAAACUUCGUGGGCUAAAGCAUACGGGAUCCAUCCGAGACUAUAUAGUCGAGUUCACGAGCUUGAUGCUAGAGUUACCCGACAUGCAGGAGAAGGACAAACUUUUCUAUUUCAUGGAUGGACUACAAUCUUGGGCCUACAACGAGCUCAAGAGGAGAAAUGUCAAAUACAUUAACGAAGCUAUUGUCGUGGCAGAAGAUCUAAUGGAAUUUCGAAAAGAAAUCACGGUUAAGAAGAAUAGUGGGGGAGAACAAACUAUGACGGAACCGGAACCAAAACAAAACACACCCCAAACUUUAAAUACAAAAGGAAAAGAAAUCGAAGGAAGAAACCGAAGAGAAGAGGGAAAGGAGAUCAAGUGCUACUUGUGUGAUGGUCCUCACUUGAUCCGAGACUGUCCGAAGAAAAAGACUUUCUAUGCGAUGGUUUUGCAAGAAGAAGAAGACGAAGCACAAAUAAGCUCAAUGCGUUUUCUGAACUCAAUAUCGAAAGAUAGGAUAAAAUCUUCUAAGAAGGAAGAAGAUAAAGGAGGGAGUCUCAUGUUCGUCGAAGUUAAAGUGAAGGCAAGGAACACUAAGGCACUAGUAGAUUCUGGAGCAACACAUAGUUUCAUCGCAGAGGAAGAAGCAAGGAAGUUGGGUAUUCAUUAUACAAAGGAGUUAGGUCGGUUGAAGGUUGUCAACUCUCCAUCUAAUUCGAUCCUCAUAGUUUCUCGUGGAAUACCCAUGAAGAUUGCAGAAUGGGAAGGGACCAUCGACUUGAUAGUGGUUCCGAUGGACGACUAUCGCAUGGUACUAGGGAUGGAUUUCCUGGAUAUGGUAUGUCCUUGGUCGUUUGAAAGAGACAACACCCUGCGUAUAACCAAGGGAUCAACUAUCCAUAUAAUUCCCUUGGAAAGAAGAAAGACAAAAGCUCGAUCCCUUUCAACUAUGAAGAUGUGUUAUGACCAGAGCAAUAUAAUCAAGAAGAAUAUGAAGCCAAAAGGGGAAGUUCGAAUAAGCGAGGCACGUUUGAAGGAACAGGGAUCUAUAUCCCACAUAAAGAGUUACUCAAGGUUUUACGAGGAUAAGAGAAGAAAUAGGAUUCAAAGUACAUUGAGAAAUAAAAGCACGCCUUACUCGAAGAGAUAA